ACAGGCGUUUUUGAAAGCUAUUGAAGACUUCCUGUUGCUGUCUGACUGGAUUGAUGGACCAGAGAGCCCCGCCGUGCUCAGCAGCCUGAUCCACACCAUCGACACGGUGCUGGCUCACCUGUCCCUGCACCUGGAGGGGAACUCGCUGCCUGUGACCCUCGAGGGCUCCUCGCCCGUGGCAGAUUAUGCUGUGGUCAAAAUGCUCCCUCAGAGCCUGAAUGUGUCCCACUAUCGGUUCCCAUCCCGGGGGCAGAGCUACAUCUCCAUUCCCAGCGAGGCUUUCCAUGGAAAAGGCUGCAUCACCAUCGUGGGCCUGCUCUACCACAGCAUGCAUCACUUCUUUAACAACAUCAGCCCCGAGGACACCAGACGCCCAGACAAUACAGCCAAGCACUAAAUAAAAGCAACAGAGUUCAUCUUUACUGUGCAUUCCUGGAUUAUAGCAACGGAACCGGGGUCUGGUCCGACGAGGGCUGCGUGAGGCAGAGUGGGGACCUCAACUACUCCGUGUGCCUCUGCAACCACCUCACCAACUUCGCCAUCCUGAUGCAAGUGGUGCCCCUGCAGCUGACGAGAGAACACCAGGUGGCCCUCUCCUCCAUCACUUACAUCGGCUGUGCUCUGUCCAUCCUCUGCCUGACGAUCACCCUGGUCACGUUCGCCGUGCUGUCCUGCCUUGCAAGAUAUUGGCCAUUCUCCUUCAUUUUUUCUUCCUGAGUGCGUUUGCCUGGAUGCUGGUGGAAGGAUUUCAUCUUUACAGCAUGGUGAUCAAAGUAUUUGGGUCAGAAGAAAGCAAGCACUUAUAUUAUUAUGGAAUUGGAUGGGGCUGCCCACUGGUGAUCUGUGUCAUUUCUGCCUCCUCGUCCCUGGACAGCUAUGGAGAAAGUGGCAACUGCUGGCUCUCCCUGGAGGACGGAGCAAUCUGGGCUUUUGUGGCACCAGCCAUGUUUGUCAUUCUGGUCAACAUCGGCAUUCUCAUCGCUGUCACAAGAGUCAUCUCCAGGAUCAGCGCAGACAACUACAAGGUCCAUGGGGAUGCUAAUGCCUUCAAACUAACAGCUAAAGCCGUGGCUGUUCUCUUACCAAUCCUGGGGAGCUCGUGGAUAUUUGGCAUUUUGGCUGUCAAUGCCCACGCUUUAGUAUUUCAGUACAUAUUUGCUGUUUUUAAUUCACUACAGGGAUUUUUCAUGUUCCUGUUUCACUGUCUUCUGAACUCAGAGGUUAGAGCUGCCUUUAAGCACAAAACCAAGGUCUGGUCCCUCACCAGUAGUUCAACACGCAACAUCAAUGUGAAGCCCUUCAAUUCAGACAUUAUGAGUGGGAACAGGCCAGGCACAACCCCCACCAAGCUGAACACCUGGGAUAAAAGCAGCAAUUCAGCAAACCGCAUUGAUUUAUCAGCAGUGUGACAGGAGCAGCAGCUCCUCAGAGAAAACCAAGCCAUACAUCAGGACCUCCACACCGUGUCCACCAGCUGUUCCUCACUGCCAGUGACAGCACAAAACUGGGGUUUAAAUCACUGCCUAAUGAAUUGGGAAUUGCCACGUUGUUUUGUUGAGUAAAUAGCCCUCGUUGCUUGCCUUCAGAACUGUAACACGUUCUAGCACUUGGCCAUUAGCAAUAUCUGUAAAAAUGACCAGCACAAAUAUACACUGGAUGGUUUUGUCAGCAAUGAUGAAAACACUAUGCAAGGUAUGCAAGGAGGGCUUAUUGUUCCCUGAAUCAUUCCAGCUCCCAGAACUGAGGGAAAGCAACAUACCUCUGAAAAGAUGGGUUUUUAUGCUCUAAAAUGAAAUGUUUCCCAUUGUAAUGUUGUAAUGAGACUAUUCCAGAUUUGCUGCGCUCUCUCUGUUUACAUUUUUUACCUUGCAGAAUUAUCAAAGUGAAGUUGAUUCCAAAUACGUAUUAUGGUGUUUAUCUAAAUGCUACAAGGAGGCCAGGACUUGAGGGAGAAGCAGGUUCCAGCUCCCCACUCCCAACGUGGGUGUGGAUGAGCAAAGCUGAUAAACACAUGAACAGCACCUGUGAGGUGUAAAUCUCCUGGAUGUGGCCUGUUUGUAUUUUAGCUCUUCCUUUUGCCACGUUAUCAUCAGAGGCAAAACUGGCUAUGGUGGUCCUAGAGCAGCCCCCAGCACCUCUCUUGCUGAUCUGUGUCUGUAUUGCCAUACAAAUUAUUCAAUUAUUCCCCUGCUUUGCCUGCAGCUCGGGGCUGCAAUCCACAGCUCUCUGUUGAAUACAUUUUGCAAACUCACUGUGGCCUCUAGGAGCCAAGAGCUGGCACUGUGACUUACCUUGCUCCUUUUUCUGGUCGUUUUGAGACACUGAACUCCUGCCACGAGGAUGUAACACACUGAUAUACUGUGAAGGCAGCCAGCCUGCAAAUAGCUCUGUGUAUUGUUUCCUGCAGACAGCUUUUAAACAGUCUCUUUUGUGCUUUCAGACUCUGCUCAGCAUUUAGCAGCUUCUGCUUUAGUACUGCUAUGAAGUACCUUUAAGGAGGAAAUAAACACUGUAAUUUUUAUUCUGAGCAGUGUUUUGUGGGUUUUAGAGUGGUGUUUGGAGCACGGGGCAGGGCCACCCUAGCUGUGCACCAGAGUUUAACCCCUGGCACAGCCCCUGGGGCUGCUCUGGGGUUUAUUCAGCAUCCAGGGUCUCCAGAGGGAUUCCCCAGGUGAGGCCCUCCCCAGGGUGGCUUUGCAGCCACAGCUCCUGUCCCCUUGUGCCUUAGCCCUGCUCGCAGACAUCAGCAGGGAAUUCACUGUCCUGAGCCCCUGGGCUGCCAAAGUACUGCGGAAAAUAGGCAAAAAAACCCCAAACAGGCAGAAAAUAUGCAACUCUUCAACCUUGACUCUUGCUAAGAUGUUUCAUGCUGGGGUUUUUUAACCUUAAUUAAAUGUUUGUGUAUUCAGCAGCUCAGACCAUUCCUGGUCCCAGUGAAUGUGCUAUUUGUUUCCAAGAGAAAAGGUAUUUACACUCUAAUGUGCAGAGUGGAAAUUUUUUAUUGCAUAGUAAAUUUAUCAAAAAGUUAAAUGAAAGUAAAUUGAUCUUUAACCCACCAAUUAUGUCUGAAUUUAGCCAGGUAUUUAAUCCAAAAGACAUGUAAUUUAAAGUUUAGAAAAACUCAAUGCAUUUAAUUUCUGUUUGAUCCAAACCAAGUUUUGUCCCUGUUUCCUUCCUGCACUAAAAAAUGAUCUCUGUCAGUUUGGUCCAAUCUUUCCUGCCUUUCCCCCUUCCCAGCCAAGACCUGUUGGUGUAAUCCCCAAACUGGAAGCCCAGAGUCAACCCAAGCUUACAGCUCAGAACAUUCUACAGAAAUUAUUUUAGUUGCACCAGGUCUGUGCUGGAUUUCUGCAGCUGGAACACAGCAGAACUGCACAUCACACAUUUAAAUCCACAGGCUUUAAUCUCAUGUAUCCUAGUGCUAAAUAACUCCAGUGGUUGACAGCUAACUCCAAACAGAGGCUCAGUAAAAGCUAAAUAUGCAGAUGGCAGUGUCUUUAUUUUGGCUUUUCUGUAUGGUUUUCUCCUAGCCUUUUCUGCACUGCUCUGUCUUACAGCUGUGCAAAUAUAUGGGCUUUUCUUGGCUUGAAAAUUAUUUUUUCCCCCAAAAGACCCUGUAGACAGAGCCCUUGGAAUGUACAGAGGAGAUGGAAUAGAGGAGUACUGUGAUAACAGUGGUCAGAGUUUGUGUUGUGUGCAGACAAUGUAUUUAAGCAUAUUUUUAUACUGGACCAUAUGAGUUCUUUUGGUUUUGGUUUGUUUCUUUGGUUUGCUUUUGGUUGUUUUACACUGUGACCACAAAUGCAGAUUAAAACCCUCCUUGAUAAUUUUCUAAUCAUUGUAUUAUAGCACAAAGUUCUGUGAAUGAACCAGACAACAUAUAAAAGCUUUUUUUUUUUUUUUAAUUCAAGCCUAAUUUUUAAGAGUAUUCCCCUCUGCACAAUUUUUAUGACCUACAUUUCCUCCUGUGCUGUAUUGGUCAUUUUGUGACUGCCCUGUGUCCAUUUGGAAAAAUCCCCAAACAGGAGACACAGCAGUGGUACAAAGGGCUACAUCAGGUUUUCAUCCAGGUGUGCUCUGGUUUAAAAUUGUUCACCAAAACUAAGACAGGCAUGAAAAGGUGUUUGUUUUAUACUCUUGAAUGGGACAGGGCAGUGUGGUGAGGGAGCCCUGGUCACCCUCCCCAGUGUCUCCAUUAAGACAAACAUGAAAAUGUGUUUGGUUUUAUACUCUAGAAUGGGACAGGGCAGUGUGGUGAGGGAGCCCUGGUCACCCCCUGUGUCCCUGGGUCCUCCCUGGCUGCAGGGGCUGGGGAUGGAGCAGUUUUCUCUUGUUCUUGGCCCCUGAGGUUUGGAGCACUGAAUUUCUCACACAGCAUCGGGGAUGGGGCUUCUCCUGGUUUUGAUAAACUGGUGAAAAUCCCCACCAAGCACAAAUGUGUUCCCUUGCCAUGGAUAUCCAUUCUUUUUGUUUGAUUCAAAGAGUUUUCUUGGUACUGAAUGCAGCAAAUGUACUGAAUAAGAAAUGCUCAAAUGAAUCUUUAAACAAUCUCUUUCUGUCC